UUAUGUAUAACAGCAAAAAUUUAAAACGGAUUAGAAUUUUGGAGCGCGGAGCCGGAAUAAAUCUUAUGUUACUAUUUUUAUCGCGUUUUGUUGAAUAGAGAGAUAUUUUUCAAUAACUGUUCGUGAUCACUUGUAGUCAAUUUUAGCGAAAAAUGCCUAGUGAAAUUAUUACUUUACAAUUAGGUCAAUGUGGCAAUCAAAUUGGUUUUGAAUUUUGGAAGCGUCUUUGUUUGGAACAUGGAAUAUCGCCCUCGGGUGUAUUACAGGAUUUUGCUACAGAUGGUAUUGAUCGAAAGGAUGUGUUUUUUUAUCAGGCCGAUGAUGACCAUUACAUUCCCCGCGCUGUUCUCCUGGAUCUAGAACCCCGAGUCAUUCAUACCAUCAUGACAUCGCCGUAUGCAAAGCUUUACAAUCCAGAAAAUGUAUAUCUUUCAAAAGAUGGAGGAGGAGCCGGUAAUAAUUGGGCUUCCGGAUUCAGCCAAGGAGAGAAGCUGCACGAAGAAGUUUUCGAUAUAAUAGACCGAGAAGCCGAUGGUAGUGAUAGUUUGGAAGGAUUCGUUUUGUGUCAUUCUAUUGCAGGAGGAACCGGAUCUGGAAUGGGAUCAUAUAUUAUGGAACGUCUUUCGGAUCACUUCCCAAAGAAACUUGUGCAGACAUACAGUGUGUUUCCAAAUCAAGACGAAAUCAGUGAUGUUGUAGUGCAACCAUACAACAGUCUUUUGACACUGAAGAGACUCACGAGCUGUGCUGAUUGCGUGGUAGUUUUGGACAAUACGGCACUAAACAGAAUUGCGGCUGAUAGGUUACAUUUGGAAAAUCCUAGCUUUACUCAGAUCAAUACGCUUGUUUCAACAAUUAUGUCAGUUAGUACUACCACGCUUCGAUAUCCUUCGUAUAUGAAUAACAAUCUAAUUGAACUGAUUGCCCCACUGAUCCCGACUUCUCAGUUGCAUUUUCUUAUGACCGGUUAUACUCCUCUUACCACCGACACGGAUACGGUCAGUGUUCAGAAAACCACCGUUUUAGAUGUUAUGCGUCGUUUGUUGCAGCCCAAAAACAUGAUGGUUUCCACCGGACCGGAUAAGACAAACCACCACCGUUACAUCUCUAUUUUGAAUAUAAUUCAGGGUGAAGUAAAUCCUACCCAGGUACACAAAUCUAUCCAGCGAAUUCGUGAACGAAAAUUGGCCCAGUUCAUAAAUUGGGGUCCAGCUAGUAUCCAAGUGGCUCUUUCACGUAGUAGUCCUUAUGUGCAGAGCACCCAUCGAGUAUCCGGUCUAAUGCUUGCUAAUCACACCAGCAUCUGUUCGUUGUUUGAGCGAGCACUGAAUCAAUACGAUAAACUUUGCAAGCGAGGCGCUUUCUUAGAUCAGUUUAAACGCGAGGAUAAGUUCAAAGAUGAUCUGAGCGAAUUCGAUGAGAGCCGCGAUGUAGUGGACGCACUGGUGCAGGAAUAUGAAGCUGCCACCCAGGCCAACUAUCUCAACUGGCAUGCGAAGAAAGCAACGGGAGAGUGAAACUGGCCUGUGGCUAGUGGGAAAAAUUGAGAUUAGUUUUUAUUCCAAACACGUUGAAAUGUUGCUUCCUCGAAUGGAAGACUAACGGUUUUCCAUGUGCCAGUGAAUUUGUUAUGAAAAUCGAAUGUUUUCUGGGAAACGAUGAGUUUACUGUUUGCAUCACGCUUAUGUAAAUAAAUAAAGUGUCUAAGCAACAGUUUGCCACCCAGCUGGUAAGGCAGGUUGCACUUUUGUUUAAACUAAUUGCUUUAGAAAAGAGUUUCCCAAUGGCCUGAUGUGUAUUCUACUAGUGUUAAUAGUUAGGUAAAUCACUGAAGCAUUUACAUUGACCUUCCCAGUGUACGUUGACCGAUUGAAGAAUACUCAAAUUUAAGUUUCUAAAAAUCGCUAAUAUG